AUGGAUGACUUCGUCAGCGAGUCGGAUAGUGAUUACACGAGCUACUGGCGAGACUGGUUUAUUUCCUCUCGGGGCAACGAAUACUUCUGCGAGAUCGACGAAGAUUACCUCACGGACCGAUUCAACUUGACUGGGUUGAACACGGAAGUACAAUACUACCAGUAUGCGCUAGACCUCAUCACCGACGUCUUCGACCUGGACUGCGAUGAUGAGAUGAGGGAGACGAUCGAGAAGUCCGCGAGACACCUGUACGGUCUUGUACACGCCCGCUUCAUUGUCACGACAAGAGGCCUUGCAAAGAUGGCAAGGUGGAGAGAGAGAGAGCAAUGGGGUCUCGAGCGAACAGCAUGGCUGACAUGCACACUACAGCUCGAAAAGUACAAGAAGGCCGACUUUGGGAAAUGUCCCCGCGUCAUGUGCCACUCGCAUCCUCUGCUGCCCAUGGGUCUCGCCGACAUCCCCAACAUGAAGCCCGUCAAGCUCUACUGCGCCCGCUGUGAGGAUAUCUACAACCCAAAGUCGUCGCGCCACGCGGCCAUCGAUGGUGCCUACUUCGGCACCUCGUUCCACAACAUCAUCUUCCAGGCCUACCCGGCUCUCAUCCCCACCAAGAGCGCCGAGCGUUACGUCCCGCGCGUCUACGGCUUCAAGGUCCACGCCCCGGCCGCCCUCAUCCGGUGGCAACACCAGAAAAAAGACACGAUGCGUCGGCGCCUGCGCAAGAUGGAGGUCGACAGCGGUUUCCGCGACGAGGACGUGCUUGAGGAGGAGGACGACGUCGAAUUCGAGGGCAUAGAUACCACACGCCCAGCAGGCGCCGACGAGGGCAUCGCCAUGGCGUGA